AUGUCGCCUAUUUCUGACGAGAAAUCCAAGUGCUCGGACAGGGAAGAAGAAACUAUUGCAGAGCUACGACGUCAGCUGGAAGAGAAGAGACAGGCGCAAGAAGAAGAGAGAAAGGCGCAGAAAGAAGCAGAGCAACACAAGGAAGAAGAGAGACUGGCACGAGAAGAAGCAGAGCGCCUCCAGGGGGAGGCAGAACGGCAACUCCAACCCAACACCCUGUUCCGCCUCCUUGAUCACUACCAUAAAUCUCUGUCUCAAGCGAUCCGAGUCAAGACGGAUACAACACUCACGACCCAGGGCAACGCAACCGACCCCGUAAACCAACUUUACCCCAAGCACAUAGUCCCUUGGCCUGACUUUCCACAGCUCCAAGAGCAAGUCUAG